GGGGGCGGGGCGCGAGGCGGAGGUCAGCGGAGAACUUCCGGGGCAGCCGGAAUCUGAGACCGCGAGAAUGGACGUGUUCCUGAUGAUCCGUCGGCACAAGACGACCAUCUUCACGGACGCCAAGGAGUCGACCACCGUGCUGGAGCUCAAGCGGAUGGUGGGCGGCAUCGUCAAGCGGUCUCCCGCUGACCAGCGACUUUACAAGGAGGAGACUUUGCUGCUAGAUGACUCCAAGACUCUGGGUGACUGUGGCUUUACCAGCCAGACGGCACGGGCCCAGGCACCUGCCACUGUGGGGCUGGCCUUCCGCUCACCUGCAGACGAGGAGUGGGAGGCCCUGCGGCUGGAGCCGUACUCCAGCCCCCCAGAGCUCCCAGACGUCAUGAAGCCUCAGGACGGAGGUGGCAGCAGCAGCAGCAGCAACGCCAAUGAGCAGACCGUGCAGUGAUGGUGUGAGGGGUAGGGGUGAGGGAGUGGUGAGGGGGUGGUGAGUAGCGGGGAAGCGGAGCCUGUAGCUCGCCCGCUCACCUGCUCACUCGCCUGCGUGACCGCUCAAUGACCCGCUCAAUCAACUGCUCACUCGCUCACUCUCCUGCUCGCAUACCUAUACACUCACCCACCCACCCACUCAACCAUUCACUCAAAUACACACCCACCCACUCACCCACCAACUCAACCAUUCACUCAAAUACACACACUCCCACCCACCCACCAACUCAGUCAUCCACCCACACACCACCUACCCACACACCCAGUCACCCACACAUCCACCACUCCUCGCACCCAUCACAUCACCGUGUGUCCCUUCUCUACCCAGACUCUACCCACCGCUCGCCCCCCCCCCUGUGCCCCCCCCACCCCGCCCCCCCUCCCCACAUGCCCACCCAGGGAGGUUGACUGCAUUUUUUUUUGUGUUGCGAACGCUGGCACCCCCCUCCCUCCCUCCCUCUCCUCCCACCCUCCCACCCUCUCCUCCCUCUCCACCCUCCCCUCCACCAUCCCCUCCCCUCCCUCCCCCCUCAACUCAACUCCCCCGCAAAUAAACAAACCUCGUUUGAC